AUGCAGCUUCUGUGCUGCUUCUAUAAUGGAAAAAUUGGUUUUGUUGAUAUUGAUUUCUUUUGUUUGGUAACAGUCUAUAGCUUAGACUUCUUAUUCUAUUUGAAUAAAUGUAAAAAUUUGACACAAAAGAUGAUGCAUAGAUCUAAUAAGGAUAGAAAAUGCCCUUAUAAUGGUAAAAUUGCCUCUGAAAAUCAGUUUAAGGGCAAAUAUAUUUCUAUGUCAUGCAUUAGAUAUUAAAGCUAGUGGGUAAACAAUUAAUGAUUGAGCUUUUCUCAGAACUAACAUCAUUUUUUUAAUGAUUCAUGCACAGUUACGCCAAGGACAUUUAUGCAGGAAGUGAAUGAGUUUUAAUUUCAUGCUUUGCUCACAGAUUCAACAUUCCCAGUUGUUGUCAGGAUGCACAAGCGUUCUCUCGUGCUGUUUCUGAUGCCCGCUGUGUCUUUGAUAUGGCGGAGGAGCUCGGCUUUGAGAUGAGUAUUCUGGACGUCGGAGGUGGCUUUGAUGGAAGUGAGGCGCAGUUAGACGAGGUCAACCAGACGCUGAAACCCAUGCUGGACAUGUAUUUCCCUCUUUCGACCGGAUUGACGAUCAUCGCUGAACCCGGAGCUUAUUAUGUGUCAUCUGCCUUCACGCUGGCCGUGAAUAUAAUCGCCAAGAAAACAGUGGCUCGUGAUUUCAGUGGUCAACCACACAAUGCACUGUCUGCAAACGAUGAGCCUGAGUUUCUCUACUACAUGAACGAUGGGGUUUAUGGGUCUUUUGCCAGUAAGCUGCUGUGUGAAGAUUCAAUAUCGAUGCCUUUGGCACACAAGGAGGUGAGUGCAGAAGAGCCGCUGUUCUCCAGCAGUCUGUGGGGUCCGUCU